AUGAUUUGUCCAUUAGCUGCAGUUGUCGACAUUGUGGAAUUGCUUCUGUCCUACGGUGCUGAAGUCAACCUAUCCGGCCCGGAUGGACGUAGCGCACUGCGAGCAGCAUCUUGGGCUGGACACGAGGAAAUAGUUCAACGCUUGUUGGACGCCGGGGCAAAUGUGAACCAACAAGAUGCAGAGGGAAGAUCUUCGCUGAUCGCAGCCGCGUAUAUGGGACAUGUGGGUGUGGUUGAAAUUCUGGCUCAAGCAGGUGAGCAGUUUUAUCCAAUAGAUUACGUGUUCAUCGACAUAGUUAUCUCUUGA